UUAUAUACAUGUGCCUGAGUCAUGUCAGAAACAUUGGGAUGACUGCUUUUUCAUUGCCGGCCCUCAGUUAUGCAGUCGUAUUCCUCCAAAACUGCGCAUUACUUUUCCUUUACUUCAUAUAUAGUUCUUUGCUAAGAGUCCGUCUUACCUUUUGUGUAUGAUGGUUAAAAACCCUUUGGAUUUUAAAAACUGAGUCUGCAUUGUCCUUUAAAAAUUCAUGUGUGAAUGCUGACAGAAUACAAAGAUGCCAAUAGGCUUUAUUUAAAAUUAAGAAUUUUAAAAGUCUAAAAUGACUCAUACUACAAGUUUUGAUAUAAAUAUUUGUAAACUAAAGAAUGCUAAAUCUGGUUGUUAUGAUAAGGGCUAACCUAUAUCGUUCAAAAUGUCCUUAAUGAAAAAUUAUCAAUAUUUUUGUAAAUGGAAUCCUGUUGGAAUCAACAUCCAUAGAGAAUAUUUUAAAGUAAAAGUGACAGAUCUAAGUGUCAUGCCUUUGAAGUAUAAAAAAACUCUUUAUUCUGUGAGAAACUUUUAAUUUCUAGACAACAGAAGGGUUUUCUAUAACUUUUUCUUGAUUGAGACCAACAGAAUAGGUCUGAUGCUUUUGCUUUUCAUUUUAUCUCAAAAUAAAACAGCUUUAUAUUUUAAAUAAAACUGUAAAAGUGACUCAAACUAAAAGGUUCAAGCCCCCACUGUAUGAAGAGCUGACCAAUAUAGGAUAGUAAAAGCUUUAAAGCAGAAAAUCUUGUCUCAAAAAACACAGAUGAAUAUGAGACCACAGAUUUUCUUUAAUAAAAAUGAAACAGUUUGAAGGUAAACACAGCUAUUUUGAAACAUUACCUAUAACCUUUUUUUUAACUGAAGUCAUCUUUAGUCAGAUUUGUUUUUGUUGUUCUGUUAGAGAAUUGCAGGUUUUUCUUUUUUUUCUUUUUCCUCUGUAGAAAGUGAAAUUUCGGUAAGACUGUUAAAACUGACUGUUAAAAUACAAGCUGGGGUAUCUGAUAACAGCACUUAAGACGUCCCACACACUAAAAACUCCAUAGAUAUAAAUGACCAAGGUUGGGUUGAUUUUAACCCAACUUUGAGUUUAAAAGGGGACUAAUUUUCUUCUGGGUUAAUUUAGUAAAGAAAAAGAAAAACUCGGGGGGGAAAAAAACAUAAAGGGAGUAAAAUCAAAUCAACAUAACCCAAAAAAGUUGUCUUGCUCCAAAAAAGUAACCCAAAAGAUAUUUGAACAUGACUGAACCAAGAAGGAAAUAAUCAAAGUAUCUCUAAAGAAGAAUCCAAAGUUUUUUUUAAUGUUUUCUCUUAAUAUACGUUUUUAUGGUUGUAUUUAUUAUUAUUAUUUAAAACAAUUUAGGCAUUGAUAAUUCUGGAGAUUCACCAGAAAAGCCCAGAAUCAGGAAAGAUUCCUGCACUAUGUGUCUGCAUGCAACCAACCAGAGGAUGCAUCACUCAGAGUUUGGCUGCAACAGGUUUGCCUGUUGAGAAAAGGUCUUGGCUGUUUUAAUUUGUGUAAUGAACAGAAGCAUGCCUCUGCGGUAAUGGAUGCCCACCGUGCUGAUGAAUUAUUCACAGCCUGGGGAACCAGAGAGGUGGACGGCGGGAUCGGAUGGACCCGCUGUGUCAUCAGCCCGCUUUGGUCCGCACGGCUCCUCUUUCGGGUCCCGUCCACCCAAGGUUCUUGAGACUGUCGACCAGGCAGCCACGUGAGAAGUCUACUGAAGAGAGCAGAGAGCAGGGGCCUUCAGAUGGAGGGAACGCGCGCGGGCCCAGUCUGAGCUGCGCUGUCCAUGGUGCUGAACCCACUCUGUAGAUGCAGGCGGGAAUUUCUGCUUCAUGUGACAAACAAUUGUCCAAAAACUUCAUUUCUGUGUUAAAAAGUUUCUAAAUAUGAAAGUAGCACCACAUUUAAAAGCUAUGACGUUUUAACGUCUAAAGGGGGUCAGAACCAAUUAAAGGAAUGACGUUUAAUAGAUUUAUAUUUGACUGAAUUUGUGAUAUUGAUUUUAGCAAAGAUUUUUUUACACGCUUGCGCACACAGGCCACACAUUCUUAACCUGUAAGUUGAGCAGAGGUGCAGUUAGGAGGGGAGGAGGAAGAAGAGGACUGAAAGAAGAGGAGGAGUAGGGGGGGAGCAGAGGGAAGCCGGGAGGCGCAUCCGACGUGACGAGUUCAGUCUGGUGGUGAGGAGCAGCAGGAACCCUGUCUGUCCGCCUCCCUCGGCUUUCAUGUCAGGGGCCACAUUGCUUGCGGGGAGGAUGAUGAUGACCAUGAACAGCAAGCAGCAUUUCUCCAUGCACCCGGCCCUGCACGAGCCCAAGUAUCCCGGCCUGCACUCAGGCACGGAGGGCAUGCGCAGAGUCUGUCUGCCCGCCCCACAGCUCCAGGGCAAUAUAUUCGGAGGCUUUGAUGAGAGCCUGCUGGCGCGGGCAGAGGCUCUGGCGGCUGCUGACAGCAUUGUCUCUCACGGCAAGAGCCACCCGUUCAAACCAGACGUGACUUACCAUACCAUGAGCAGUGCCCCCUGCACCUCAGCCUCCUCUUCUUCCUCCACCACCGUGCCCAUCUCCCACGUCCCCUCCACCCUCGGCUCUCACCACCACCACCUCGGACAAACCCUGGAGGCCGGAGACCUCCUGGACCACCUCUCCACCAGCCUAGCUGUGACAGGGAUGGGUGCUCCAGAGCCUCCAGGGAUGACCAGCUCGGCGCACCACCACCAGCACCCGCACCACCACCUACAGACCAUGGGGCAACUGCACCAGGCGAUGGCCAGCAUGGGCCAUCCUCAUUCCCUGUCGGUGCACGGCGGCAUGGCGUGCGCCAACGACGUGGAGUCGGAUCCGAGGGAACUGGAAGCCUUUGCCGAGCGCUUCAAGCAGAGGAGGAUCAAACUUGGCGUGACCCAGGCGGAUGUCGGCUCUGCGCUGGCAAACCUUAAAAUCCCCGGAGUGGGGUCCUUGAGCCAGAGCACCAUCUGCAGGUUUGAGUCGCUCACCUUGUCCCACAACAACAUGAUCGCGCUCAAGCCCGUUCUUCAGGCGUGGCUGGAAGAAGCCGAGGCUGCAUACCGAGAGAAAAGCAACAAGCCGGACCUUUUCAACGGAAACGAGAGGAAAAGAAAGCGCACAUCCAUCGCCGCGCCGGAGAAGCGCUCUUUAGAGGCAUACUUUGCCAUCCAGCCCCGGCCUUCCUCGGAAAAAAUUGCAGCUAUAGCCGAGAAGCUGGACCUGAAAAAGAACGUGGUUCGAGUGUGGUUUUGCAACCAGAGGCAAAAACAGAAACGGAUGAAGUACUCCGCCGUGCACUGAGUUUGACACAUCAUGAAUAAAAUAGCCUGCUACAUUUUUGAUCGAGUGAUUAAUAAUAGCCUGAGUAGCCUAACAGGGAUUUAUCAACAAAUCUUGGCGUGUCAUCUGGGAUCGUUUCCAAACAGACUUCCUCUCGUUUUCCAUGUGGUGUUACGCACUUCAUUGUUGCACAUUUUACAUUUGUUGAUCUGGGAAUUUACAAGUGUUACUAAUUCGUGGGAAGGUUGUCGAUGGAUGGCUCUAUUGCACACAUUUUCAUAAAAUUCACCAGGACAGUUUGUCACAUUCAGGGAUCUUUUUUUUUUAUUAUUUGUUGUUUAGAAAUCACAUCUAUUGGCUGCUUCAAUGCGCAAAGCAUAAGAUGUUUUUUUUUUCUUUUAUUUAACGGAAGACCUUUUUUCUUUUUCUUUUUUUGUUGUUGUAAAAACUGGUGGAGAUCAGACCACGUGCCCCACCUCCUAUAUGCACAAAUAUACACUAUUAUUCCACUCUCUAUGUCAAACUUCUGAGCUUUAGGAAUGAAAAUGUUUUUAAAGAGUUCACUUCUUUCUAUCACUGCUUUUGCAAACCAAUCCGUUCUCUUUGUUAACCGUGUGUUCGUGAUUUCUGCACACAGAAGUGAUUAUUUAAACAGUAUACCUCUCAUCACACUAUUUGACACUGUUUAUCUUGAAUUGUUAAGAAAUAUGAAACGGCACCGUCUUUAUGGGACACGUCCAUUUGGCUGUGGCUGAUGCAAUAUUUUAAAAUUUUGAUGUCAUGAUUUAAAGAACUGCUGGUAAUCUGUGGGUCUAAUUAUUUAUUAUAUAUAGCGCAGCUAUAUAUGGUAAAUAAGCUCAGAUCACCACAUUGAAAGUGUUUUUCUUCACUUCUGAAUUCACUUGGAAUAACGUGUGAUUAAAAAGAAAUAAAUUAUUGAUUAUUUUCUA